CGCCCUCUACAGCCAGACAUCGGCGGACGUUAGCGACACACAGCUAAGCAGAGAGUGACUGUGAUUGUGUCCCAAAAUGUGUAAAGUCCGAAUUCUGAGAACGUUGGUGAAGCAGCGGCUAAACGUGGCCGUCGAAGAAAUAUUUGAACUGUUUGAGAGGACGAUAGCCGAGUACGAGGAGGAACUUAAUCGAAGCAAAGAGGAGAAAGAACGCCAACGCCAACUCCUGGACGCUCUUCUCAAUCCUCAUGUUCGACUCCACAGAGCAGACAUGCAGCAAGUGUUGGUGGAGAGUCAAGACGAGGUUCUUAGUGCGGAGCCGGAGGGGCCGGUAGAGCCACCCCAAAUUAAAGAGGAAAAGGAGGACGUCUGGAGCAGUCGGGAUGAGCAGCAACUUCCGAGGCAGGAGGAAGAGGCUGAUGUCAACAAGUUCACAUUUUCUGGCGUCCAUGUCAAGAGGGAAGAGGACGAAGGUGCUUCCUCACAGCUUCGUCACAGUCCAAGUGAGGGGAAGAGAGAAGCUGCUGGAAAUCGACACUCACCGGACAACAAGUUCGCUUCGCUAUCCGACACGGCCGACAUGAUGUCCCCGUUGUCCGACACGGAUCACAGCGACGACGCCAAAGAGCCCUCGGACGCCAAAGGCGGCAAAAAACGCUUCGUCUGCUCCGAGUGCGGGAGAACCUUCGCAUACAAGAAAACGCUGAAAACGCACAUGAUCAUACACACGGGAGAGAAAGAUUUUGCGUGUUCGUUUUGUGCCAAAAAAUUCUACAGAAAGUGCGACAUGAAGAUACACAUGGCCACGCACACGGACGAGAAACCUUUCAGCUGCGUGAUUUGUGCUAAAGGAUUCUCUCUGAGGAAAUACUUGAUGAUACACAUGAAAACGCACACCGGCGAGAAACCUUUCACCUGCUCCGUUUGCGCCGAAGUUUUCACCAGCACGCAAUGUCUCGUGCUCCACGCGAGGCAAGAACACAGCGGGGAGAAGACGUUCAGCUGCCACGUGUGCGAUAAAAGAUUCACGCAUAAGAAGAACAUGAUGAUACACUUGAGGACGCACACGGGGGAGAAGGCGUUCGUUUGCGACGCGUGCGGUCAGAGAUUCUCGUCUAAGUAUCAGCUGGACAAACACCGGUGCGCCGGGAUGGAUGCCGCAGCCGUUUCGAUGCAUUCUGAAGCGACGGUCAAACGAGUUGACGAGUUGAGGUGAGAGCAACAUAUCGUCGGUGUCGGGCGCAAUCCUUGCGAUCUCCAAAAUCGUUCAGGAAAUCAAAUGAAACGGAAUUGCCACGCGUUGCAUUGUCCGAGUUUAUAAUCCUGUCAUAUACUGGUGCCCACCUGCAUCAGCACAACGCCACCACAAAAUCAUGUUCAGUCACUAAUUUAAUAGCGAAGAAAAUUGCUGACUUACUACGCUCUCUUGAUUGAAACGGUAGGACAAUAAUCAUUUUUAAUACCCCCACAAAAAGCAAACAAUCAUCUUCCCAAACUCUUUCGCAAAGGUUGCAAAGAGCCAAGAGUAAGUCAUUAAAUAAUCUUACUGCACAUUUGCAGCUGAAGCAUUUACAGCUCUCCAUUUUUAACAAAACAGGCUUACUCAAAUAUGUCUAACGUAACUAUUUUCGCUCGUUAUUGUCUUUUAAAAAAUAUAUAUCCAGACUUUGAAUCUUGAGGUGACAUAAUGCCGCACAGCUCCUGCAGUGUGAGAGAAGAGGCGGAGUUUUGACACUUCUCAGACGCGUUCAAGAGUUACCGGUAAUGGUUUGGCGCUCAAGCUAAUUUCAACACUUUAUUUUGGAUAAUAAUGCAUAAAGUAAGUAUAAGAUGUGGGGACAGACCAACAGGAUCAAUUUGUGGGGGUAUUAAAAAAACAAAACAAAAACAAAACAUUUACCGUAUGUGAGGUUUCCGCCCGACAGCGACGGAAUACCUUUCGGGUCAAUAUCACGCUGAAGUGCCUUUGGCGUCCGCAUCAAAAUCACUCCGUCAUCAUGAAAAUGUAGCAGAAUAUUGAAACUCUUCAAGUCUUAUUAGAAGUGACCAAACUCUGCACACAUCAGUACAAUGAGAAGUCUCGUAAAUUCUCUUUCCUUGACUUUGUACCAAACCUUUUUUCAGUGGAUGUAUGUGAUAUUUUGAUAUAGGUUUGUUGUCCACAACUAGUUAUUUGAUCAACUAAGUCAUUUUGAUCUCGUAUAUUCUUUUUUCACAAUCAUAUCGAACAUUUUGCAUGCGUCUUUGAAAUUGCUGUCCACCCUGUCAUUAUGGGGUUACUGUCCCUUUAAGAAAGCCUUUGACGCCCAUCAUUUUGUCUUUCUGCAAUGGAGGUUGAAACAGCGAAUAGUUGCAGAUUAAGUAUUUAUUUACACUUGAAUUUCGUAAUUGUCAUAUUAUGUGUAGUUGGAUGUCGUGGUUAACAUGUCCACUCUGUCACAGUGAAAUAUCAGUUGAUGUAAAAACCUUUUAGAGAUUAGAAAUCUACUUUUUCAAGCAGCCGGCUUCCUAACUGAAUCAAGUGACGUUCCACCAGGUGCUAGUUAAAUGCUAACAUCAGCCAAAAAUGUCCACCCUGUCAUUCACCAUUUCAUGUACGGCGUCUGUUUGCAGUUAAUUAAAAAGAAAAAAAAUAUGGGCGCUUGACCAAUAUGCAUUUCUAAAAGCAUAACGUUGACUUAAUACAAUGAAUAUGAACUUGAAUGGAAAAUGUAAACUUUCAAUUAAAGGGAAGUCUUCAAUUAAAGGCACCUUAAGGUGAUAUUGACUCACUCAGAACAAGUUGGGAAAAAUUGGCCUUUGGGUGAAAGUUCAAGGCGGACGAAAGGCCCGCCGCCGCACCUCGGGCGACCGAGCUGUCGCGCAGUGUGUGGCGUUCUGCGACCGUCAGCCGCUCGUUUUUCUGCAGCUUGGAGUGUGAACCGCGGGUGGACGGACCGAGACAUGUCCUAGUUCAAUUGGAAUUGCUAUUUAGUAUUUUAAUGAGUCCGCUUGAUCAUGAAGUUGACAUUAUUGCGGGGCGCGGCAUCAAUGUUUGAUGAUCCAUUGGAGGAUUCACCGUGAACAAGCGGGUAAGAGCGUCUAUUUGUCACUGCUUGCAGCUUUAAUCUGUAAUAUUGUUUCUUUGUACUUGCGUGAUUAUUGUCUGUGCCUUUUUAGUUUUUAUUAAAGGAGCCUUGUUGCCUUGGCCA